AUGUCUUCCCUUGGUGGACAAUGGCGAGUCAUUCGCCACUAUUUGUCAAUGACCAAUUUGAACGCUGAAGCAGAGAAAUUGUUGCAGAAAAUUAAGCCUGCUACGCCGGAACAAUGGGAGAAUUUAAUAAAGAAAUUCGAGAAGGCCAUCUCCAUCAGACUCACACAAGACAUCAAAGUCGCUGAAAAUAAAACCAAAGAUCUGCAACCUCUCCAUACUGCAAAUUCAUCAACAAUUGAGCAAUCAGAUACAAAGGCAGCAGAAACAAGGCCUGUAACUGACAAGACAGAGGAAAAACAAAGUCAUCAGGGACUUGGUAUUGGUUCAGAGGCAAAAGAAAUCACAUUUGAGGGUUUUUUACAAGGUUUAAAAUUAAAGAAGGAUCUGCAUUUUGGGAAAAUAUCAGAGCCAAGUUGGAGGUCAAAUAAACCUAUUAUCACCAAGACAUCAAUUCACUCUCGUACAGCCUACGUUAUAUCAGCUUUGGUGACCGCUGAGACAACAGAAUGCUUAAUGAAAAGAACUGAACAUUUCAUUGACCAUUUGAAGCAGUACCCUGAAUCUAGAGAUUAUGCAAUUAAGGAAGGUGCUAUUCGUGCUUUAUUACGAGUACAAAAUAAAUUAAAUGAUGACUCCCAAACAACGAAAGAGGUUAAAGGAACUGUUAAUGAGGCCCUGGCGUUAAUGGGCUACACAGGGCCUACUAAAGGGCCAGGACCCAAUAUACUAUCCAUAGAUGGUGGAGGUAUCCGUGGCAUUAUAGCUAUAGAAAUAUUACGACAUUUAGAGAAGAUUACGGGUCAAAGGGUUCAAGAUAUGUUUGAUUACAUAAUCGGUGUAAGCACUGGCGCUAUCAUUGCUGCUGUUAUCGGGAGCGGUGUAGGUAACUUGGAGACCGCAAGCCAAAUGUACCAUACAUUAUCAAAAAAGAUGUUUGGAAAUACUUCACUCAUUGGUGGUACUUCACGGUUAGUGUGGACACAUUCCUAUUAUGAUACGGAGGCGUGGGAGAAAUUGCUUCAGGAAAAUCUGAGGGAUUGCAGCCUCACGGAAUGCAAUCGAUACAACACGCCUAAAAUGGCGCUGGUGUCGUGCGUGGUGAGCCCAGGCGCUCGCCUGGCUCCGUUCCUGUUCCGCACGUACGAGUGCGGCUUCCGCGUGCGCUCCGUGUUCGCCGGAACUACGCGAGCACGUGUCUGGCAUGCAGUUAGGGCUUCGGCCGCGGCUCCCACCUACUUCGAAGAGUUCAAACUAGAUGGCGCUCUGCAUCAGGAUGGCGGUAUCAUGGUCAACAAUCCCACGGGUGUGGGUCUACAUGAAGCAAAGCUGCUCUUCGGAGCGAAUGCACUCAAGAAAGGCACAAUCAUAUCAGUGGGCACCGGCAGAGCUCUGAACAAACACCUGGACUACCAGCUCAUGAGUAAAGACUUGAAAGGCAAGGAAACUUCCGGCACAAGUUGGAAGGACAAGUUCAAUAAGAUAUUGGACUCUGCUACGGAUACAGAAGGAGUACAUCUAAUACUGAACGAUCUGCUACCACCUGGCAGUUACUUCCGUUUCAAUCCCCCGUUAAUGGAGGAGUGCGCUAUGGACGAGAUCAAUCCUGAGAAACUGAACAAUCUGAUAACGGACACAAACGCUUACAUCCGAAGGAAUCAGCACAAGUUCGAACAGGCUGCUUACAUGUUGAUGAGGAAGCGGGGUCUAUCACAACGGGUCAUGGACUAUGUGUACCAUAAGAGCCAAAUUAUGGGCAUCAUUCACAGUAACUGA